CGGGAGGGAGGGUCGCGUCCCGCCCGGGCCGCUGGGCCACGGCCGCCCGCUGACCGGCCCCGAGCGCAGAGGGCGAGGCUGACCACUCGAUCUGGCGGCCUAAGGCGGCCGCAGCUUCCACCCCGCUCCGCGCCGCCGUCCCGCCUACCAGAGGGGCGAUGAGCUGGUUCAACGCCGCGCAGCUGUCCAGCUUCGCCAAGCAGGCCCUGUCCCAGGCCCAGAAGUCCAUCGACAGGGUGCUGGACAUCCAGGAGGAGCCGCGCGCCUGGGCCGAGGCGGCGCCCUACGGAGAGCCGGGAGUAAGUCCUGCUGUCAGUGGAGGAUGGGACACUUCCACCUGGGGGUUGAAAUCAAACGCUGAACCUCAGAGUCCACCCAUAGCCUCUCCUAAAGCAAUUACAAAGCCAGUUCGGAGGACUGUCGUAGAUGAAUCUGAAAAUUUUUUCAGUGCCUUUCUCUCUCCAACCGAAGUCCAGAGCAUUCAGAAGAGCCCAGUGGUAUCUAAGCCCCCAGCUAAAUCGCAGCGGCCAGAGGAGGUGAAGAGUGGCUUGCAUGAACCCUUGCAGGCUGUGCAGUCAAGACCUGGAACCAGUGAAUCAGAAGUGACGGACCCUCCUUUGUGUGUGUCCGGGGAAACCCGGGCAGCAAGCACCCCGUCACCUAAACCCGAGGGCAAGCAUGAAGACAUGGUUGGUGAAGACUCUGCCCCGCAGGUGCCACCUGCAGGUUUGAAAGCGCCUGAGAGUGCGUCCCACCUGUGUCCACAGCCUCUCCCAGCAGACACGAAGGGCGUGGCUUUGGAACCCAAGGAGCAAAAGCAGGAAGACAGGCAGAGCAACACCCCUUCUCCUCCCGUCAGCACCUUCUCCUCGGGCACGUCUACCACCAGCGACAUCGAGGUCUUAGACCACGAGAGCGUGAUGAGUGAGAGCUCUGCCAGCUCCAGGCAGGAGGCGGCCGACUCCAAGUCCAGCCUCCACCUGAUGCAGACCUCGUUCCAGCUGCUCUCCACGUCCACCUGUGCCGAGUAUAGUCGCCUGGACGAUUUCCACAAGCUCAACGAGAGUUGCUGCUCCUCCGACGCCUUCGAGAGGCUGGACUCGUUCAGCGUGCAGUCCCUGGACAGCCGGAGCGUGAGCGAGAUCAACUCUGACGACGAGCUGCCCGGCAAGGGCUGUGCUCUGGGGCCCGCCGUGGCUGGCACUUCACCUCCCAAGACGCAAGCCGCGGAAGCUCUGGGGGGCAAAGCCGGAGGGGACGUCGACGGGCCCCCGAUCGUGCCGGCUGAGGAGGCCGAAAUGGAGGAGAGUGGCCGCAGCGCCACUCCAGUCGACUGCGAGCAGCCAGACACGGUGGUUCCCCCUGUGCCGGUGGGCGAAGGACAUGCCGUCCCGCACAGGGCGGCUGGCCAGGGCGAGGCCGCGGAGGUGCAGCCCGAGGCCCUUGCUGAGAAGGAGGACGUCGGCAAGACAGUUGAAUUUCUGAAUGAAAAAUUGGAAAAAAGGGAGGCUCAGUUAUUAUUUCUUAGUAAAGAAAAAGCCCUUCUGGAAGAAGCUUACGAUAACCUGAAGGACGAGAUGAUCAGGGUGAGGGAGGAGAGCAGCAGCGUGUCCUCCUUGAAGGGCGAGUUCACUCAGAGGAUCGCAGAAGCAGAAAGGAGAGCUCAGCUGGCCUGCAAGGAGAGAGACGCUGCCAAGAAGGAAGUCAAAAAUAUAAAAGAAGAACUUGCAACUAGAUUGAACAGUAGUGAAACUGCAGACCUUUUGAAAGAGAAAGAUGAGCAGAUUCAAGGGUUAAUGGAAGAAGGAGAAAAACUUUCAAAGCAGCAACUGCAUAAUUCUAACAUCAUUAAGAAAUUAAGAUCUAAAGAUAAAGACAAUGAAAAUAUUAUUGCAAAGCUGAACAAAAAAGUUAAAGAUCUGGAAGAGGAAUUGCAGCAUUUAAAACAGGUCCUUGAUGGCAAGGAAGAGGUUGAGAAACAACACAGAGACAGUAUCAAGAAGCUCAGCUCUGUGGUAGAACGCCAAGAGAAGGACCUUGGCCGAAGUCAAGUGGAAGUGGGUGAACUUGAGGAGAAGAACCGGAGCAUUCAGGCUGCCUUGGACAGCGCAUACAAAGAACUUACUGAUCUUCACAAAGCCAAUGCUGCAAAGGACAGUGAGGCCCAGGAAGCAGCUCUGAGUCGUGAAGUGAAAGCCAAGGAAGAGCUUUCUGCAGCACUGGAGAAGGCCCAGGAGGAAGCCCGUCAGCAGCAGGAAGCACUGGCGAUCCAGGUUGGGGACCUCAGGCUGGCGCUGCAACGAGCAGAGCAGGCUGCUGCCAGGAAAGAGGACUAUUUACGCCACGAGAUCAGUGAACUUCAGCAGAGACUGCAGGAAGCAGAGAAUCGAAACCAAGAACUGAGUCAAAGUGUUUCCUCGACAACAAGGCCAUUGCUUCGACAAAUAGAGAAUUUGCAGGCAACCCUGGGGUCCCAGACGUCGUCGUGGGAGAAGCUGGAGAAGAGCCUUUCUGACCGGCUUGCUGAGUCGCAGACCUUGUUGGCAGCAGCAGUUGAAAGAGAGCGGGCAGCGACAGAGGAGCUCCUGGCCAGCAAAACCCAGAUGUCUGCCAUGGAGUCCCAGAACUCUCUCCUGAGGCAGGAGAACAGUCGAUUUCAGGCCCAGCUGGAGUCGGAGAGGAGCAAGCUACGAAAACUGGAGGAUGAAAAUAACCGGUACCAGGUGGAAUUAGAGAAUCUGAAGGAGGAAUACGCAAGGAUGCUGGAAGAGAGCAGGAGAGAAAAGACGCUGUUGAACAGUCAGUUAGAAAUGGAAAAAAUGAGACUUGAACAAGAAAGGAAGAAAGCCAUUUUCACUCCAGAAGCAGCAAGAGAGAAGGAGCGGAAGCCCUUCUCCGUUUCCAGCACUCCCACCGUGUCGCGAUCCAGUUCCAUCAGUGGUGUUGACAUGGCAGGGCUGCAGACCUCUCUCCUGUCUCAGGACGAGGCUCAGGAUCACGCCUUUGGACCCAUGUCUGCAUCGGCAGGUGGAGGCACGCUCUACGAGGCCGUGCGAAUGGGGGCGGGCUCCAGCAUCGUGGAGAGUCUGCAGUCUCAGCUAAAGCUGCGGGAAGGGGAGAUCGCACACUUGCAGCUAGAAAUCGGCAGUCUAGAAAAGACUCGAUCAGUAAUGGCUGAAGAGCUUGUUAAAUUGACAAGUCAGAACGAUGAACUGGAAGAGAAAGUGAAGGAAAUUCCCAGACUCCGCGCUCAGCUCAGAGAUUUGGAUCAAAGGUACAACACUAUCCUGCAGAUGUAUGGAGAAAAAGCAGAAGAAGCAGAAGAACUUCGAUUAGAUCUUGAAGAUGUGAAAAAUAUGUACAAAACUCAAAUAGAUGAACUUUUAAGACAAAGGCUCAGUUAACUUCUGAAAAUUGAAUUCCCAUCAAACUGAAUGUAGACGUUUACUAUCUAAAUGUAGACUUCCAAUAAAUUCUUUUAUAGAAUUAGGAAAUGGAACUUAUGUAGAGUGCAAAAACUUUUUUAAAAACUGUUUUACAGUAUGUAGUAAUAUUUGCGGUUAAAUUAUUUUAUGCAAUAUUUGAACUUUAUUUUUGAAACUAUUCUUUAAAGAUUUAUUUUUAAAAGGCA